AUGAUGGAAUUGUCGGCUAAGGAACACUUGGUUCGUUGUUUAACAGAGGAACAUGAUUACGCGGUCGGGAAAGCGCACUGUCGAUUGGCUUCAUUGUAUCCUGAUUUCGAUUUAUUGCUGUGUGAUAUUACUGAACUACGAUUUUAUAUGAAAUGGAAUCGUGCUACAGAAGCUGUCCCUAUACUGGAACGGCUUGUAAAAACACAUCCAUCAGAUGAGGCUUGGACAUUAAUACAUCAACUUUUUGUGAAAGCAUCGUCUUCAGAGAAUUCUACUGAGAAAGUUUUGUUUACCGAAAUAUCAAACGAUACAUUUGAAUUCAUCAUUGGUGGCUUAACAAAGCGUUUUGACAACGAUGAUCUUUUGAAAACAAAGUUACUCCUUUUUUGUUUACGUAAUGCCGAUGAAAACAAAUUCAACAAACUAUUGAACCGUGCCGUAACAUUUAUAACGGAAAGAGCGAGCAACGACAAAGAGCUCGAGAGUGGCAUUGGCAAGUACCACGUUUAUUUAGCCGUCUUUGUUGCUCCUGCUCUCUUGAAGCUAAAUUUUUCAAAUAUAACAGUGUGCAGAGCUUUGAGUAUUGUUAUCACAGUUCUUCAGGUUGGAAUUGCUUGGCCAACGCAUAGUGGUAACUGGACUAAUCUUUUACGGGCAGUUUCAGAAAGUUAUGAAGCUGAGGCACAGUAUUUCUCACAAGAGAGCUUUAAAAUAGGGGCUGCACUGUUCGACAAAUGUGUCAUUUUGUAUGAUCUGGGAGUAUCUGUCAAUUUAUCUUUAAAUAUGAGUAGAUGUAGCGUUCUAUCAAGUAUCGUGGAUAAUGCUGGCAGUUUAAAAAGUGAAGCUCGUAAAAUCGUAUUUCCAUUUUUUAUAUGGUAUGCUUAUAAGCAGUGGAGGGCAAAUAUUGAUGAAGGUGAAGUACUUGUGUGGAUCCCAGAAAAUAACUGGGCUAUGGACGUCGACAAAUUAUUGAACAGUAAUGCUGAGUGUUUAACUCCUUCAAAAAAAGCAAAGCUCAGGGAACGAAAGGAGGAGAUGACAACAUUUCAAGUAGAGUAUUUGAUAUCGACGCGACCUGAGUUAUGUGAGGCAUACGAACUUUGCUGUGCUGCAAUCUGUGCAUCUAUAACAUCAUUUUCUAUAGACGUUGUUGCAGAAAGUCUGUAUUUUGCUUCUUUUUACAGUGACAUGCGACAGUUCAUCACUGAAUCUCUAUUAUUCAAAUGCAAAAUCAAUGAGCUAAUAGCCUAUGUUGACGAUCAGCUGGAAAAUAGUGAUUGUUGGACGAAAGAAGUGCUUUAUUUCCAACUUGCCUGUGCUCACUGCUUGGACCGGAGUUGGCCUGAUGCGUGUGAAAACGUCAUUCACAUGCUUAAUAUUUCAGCAGAGAGCGAUAUCGGAUCAAAACCCAUUUUCGAUACAGAUUUGUCAAGCACAUUUACUAAUAACGACUCUAGCAUUCAGCCGGCUUUCACAAUAGUCAAACAAGAACGAUUAAGAAAAUUAGUGUACGAUAUUGCGUAUCAUAUUUUAUUUCGGGUUUAUACGUCAACAGCAAUGGAUCACGAUAAUGAUCAGCUACUGGGUGCUCUUCUUGUGUUGUCUCAAAUCGAUUUUGCAACAAAGGGGUACCAGUGUUUUAAUCGCAUUAUGCGACAUGUGGAAGCAAAGGGAUCGCUAAGAAGUGCCGGGCUUGUAAAGUACAUAAGUAACAUAGCAAUUCUGGAAGAACUGUCAAGAAUUCAGGACUACUGCUCCGAAUAUGUCUCCAUUCUAAUAGCAAUACCACAAGUGCAAAGAAGGAUAGGACAGUCAACGCGUCAUAGUGUAAGAGGGACGAAAGAUGGUCAAAAACAAUCAAUAGAAGAGCAAAUUAAAAAGUGUGGAGAAGACCCAUAUGUCACAGUGUCGACAUAUUUUACUGAGAACAAGGAGGGAAUACUGAAAAUGCUCGGAGCUAAGUUUUAG